AUGCAUAUUCCUAUUUCGUUUGCGCAAAGGACGAGGUAUGUCUCUGUCUUUCCAAUGUUCUUCUCUGCUCUCAGUCUAGUAGCUGCGGUUACACACUAUUCCAUUCCUGAGGAAAUGGAGGAAGGGUCGAUUGUUGGGAAUUUAGCGAAUGAUUUGGGAUUAGACAUAAAAACGUUGCGUGACCGAAAAAUACGCUUGGAUAUUCUAGCCAAUAAGAAAUAUUUGGACAUAAAUAAAGAGACGGGGGAUCUAUACAUUGCCGAAAUAAUAGACAGAGAAUAUAUAUGCUCCACCAAAACAGUUUGUUUUCUAAAACUAGACGCCACUAUUGAAAGGCCUGUAAGAAUUUUCAAUAUUGAAUUAGAAAUAUUGGAUAUCAACGAUAACUCACCACAGUUCCGCAGGGGCGUGAUACAUUUGGAUAUCUCGGAAUCCACACCAGUGAGGGAGCGGUUUUCUUUGAACAAUGCAGUCGAUCUUGAUGUCGGAGAGAACUCGGUACAGAACUACUUCAUAAGCGAAAGCGAACAUUUUAAUCUUGAAAUUCAAACAGGUCGAGAUGGUUCCAAAUUUGCAGACCUGAUUCUGAAAAAGUCUUUAGACCGCGAGGAGCAAGCUGUCCAUAACCUAAUUCUCACCGCUGUAGAUGGCGGCAUCCCUCAGCGCUCUGGCACAGCUAGCAUAAUUGUCCGUGUGCUAGAUACAAAUGACAAUGCCCCACAAUUUGACAAAGAAAGCUACACAAUUCACCUAACUGAAAACACACCUAUUGGCAGCCUGGUUGUGAAGCUGAACGCAUCUGAUAAAGACGAGGGAUCUAACGCUGAGAUUGAAUACUCGUAUAGCCUCUACACAUCGGAGAAAACGCAAGACACGUUCAGUUUAAAUCCAACUACCGGUGAGGUAAGAGUUAAAACAAUGGUUAACUACGAAGACUUUAGAAUAUACGAUAUGGAAGUUAUAGCAAAAGAUAAAGGAACCACUCCUUUAUCAGGUCAAUGUAAAGUGCAGAUUCUAAUCACAGAUAUGAAUGAUAAUCAUCCAGAGAUAUCGAUUAAGUCAUUCCAAAACCCCGUAAAAGAGGAUGUUCCAAUUGGAACAGUUAUUGCCGUGGUCAGUGUGAGCGACAAAGACUCCGGGGACAACGGCAUUGUAGACAUUGCCAUACCCUCGAAGUUACCUUUUGCUCUGAAGGAGUCUUCAGAUAACUAUUACGAACUUGUAGUCUCAGAACCACUGGACCGUGAGAGCAUGUCAGAAUAUGAUAUCACGUUUACAGUGAAAGACAGAGGCUCCCCUCCGUUGUUUGACAACGAGACCAUAACGCUCGAGCUACUGGACGUUAACGAUAACGUGCCUCGGUUUCCUCAGUCAUUUUACACAAUAACCGUCGUGGAAAACAAUGCCCCUGGCGCCUUACUAAGCUCACUCACAGCGUUGGACCCUGACCUCCAUGAAAAUCAGUACUUAGUUUACUUCAUAGUGGAAAAAGAAAUUGUCAACACGUCAAUGUCAAUGCUUUUCUCCAUCAACCCAGAGAAUGGCAACCUUUACGCACUAAAAACGUUUGACUAUGAAAUAGAGAAGGAGUUCCUUUUUCACAUCGAAGCAAGGGACUCAGGUAUCCCACCACUGAGCAGUAAUGCUACUGUUCACAUCAUUAUUAAGGAUCAGAAUGACAACACUCCUGUCAUUGUCUCUCCGUGGCGUGCGCAUGGAUCUGUUGUGGAGGAGAAAAUCCCACGCUCCACUGACAAGGGCGCACUGGUUGCCAAAGUAAUAGCAAUUGACACUGACUCUGUACACAACUCCAGGAUAACAUAUCAGUUCCUGCAGAACACAGACGCUACAUUAUUCAGCCUAGAUCAGUACAAUGGAGAGAUCCGAACCAUGAGGAUGUUUAGCUACAGAGACCCGCGUCACCAACGCUUAGUGGUGAUCGCCAAGGACAAUGGAGAGCCUGCGCUCUCUGCCACUGUGACCAUCAAACUCUCCACGGUGGAGACCGCCAUGAAGUCCUACUCUGACUUGACUGAAGUCCCAAUAGAGUACGACAUCUUUUCGGACUUGAAUCUCUAUCUGGUGAUUGGACUGGGCUCAGUGUCGUUCCUGCUACUCAUCACCAUUCUGGUCACCAUCGUGCUGAAGUGUCAGAAACCGAAGCCCAGUAAAUCACUUCCUCCAAGCAGGAACAGCGUGGCCAGUAGCGUGGACAGGAACUCAGGCUUUGCAGACUCCACUCUGGUCUCCAAUGACGCCUACUGGUACAGUAUGUUCCUGGCGGAGACCCGUAAAGGGAAGCUGGUUGUGCGCCAACCGGCGCCAAAGGGGCAGCGAUACAUCGUAUCCAGCCUGCCAAGAAGUAUAGGCCUGACUGAGACCAGCGGGUCAGCUACAUCUACUCUUCAGGUAAGACAAGUUGGAGCUUUGUGUGCAAUUGCAAAAGGAUGA